AUCUCUGAACUACAAUAUUUUGAUAAUAGUCAAUUUAAUAACUAUAAAGAUGAAGUUUUUAAUUCUAUUUUCUGGUCUAGUUCUGGCAUUGGUCUUGAUGAUGGUAAAUGUCGCAGAAGGUCAACCUCGACGAAAUAAGACUGGACGUAACCGUGGUAAUGCAGUUACUGAAAACAAUGAUGAUAUUUCAGCGAUCACUGCCGGUCUUCAUGAUGUUAGUCUUGAUCAGGAUACUGCAUCGGGAUCCUCAACGACCGCUGCUGGUCUUCAUGAUGUUAGUCUUGAUCAGGAUACUGCAUCGGGAUCCUCGAGUGUAAUUGAAGGUCCAAGCACAUCUGGUGCUAGUGGUUCUGGGUCUAGUUCCAGGAGAAAUCAACGUAAUUCUAGAAACCAGCGACCAACAUCCAGCGUGAGCUCUUUGGGAGAGCAAGUGAGACAUAGGUUUAACCAGCAAUACCAACAGAGAGCAGAGGCAAGACGUCAACAAUUUGAGGCAGACUUUAGAAAUGCUACCGGACAGGAUAGAGAGGAUUACAUUGAUCGAUUGGCCUCAUGUUGGCAAGACUUGCCUCCCGAAAUCAGGAAUCUUGGUCGGCGUAUAUUUGGCCUAGAUAAAAAUGGGCAAAGGAAGUAAAAAUUAUUUAAUUUGAAAUUGCGAUUGGGUCAUUUUGAUUUGGAACAUUUGUUAUUCUGCAAAAUGAAAUAAAUAAAGACUCUUACAAACGUAAGAUGGGCCUUCUCCAUUAUAA